AUGUUGCCUUUGUUCUUUCUAUUUUUGCUCGCAAGUUUCAAUAACUUGGUUGAUUCGCAAUGCGUCAAAACUCAAGAUCGGCUAAUUGGUCAAACCUGUUACACAUUUAUAAAGUCACCACUUCCAUAUUGGAAUGCUCAAGUAUAUUGUGAACAACAAAACUAUGUCUAUUCAACACUUGCAACAGUUGCCAAUGCUAUCGAUGGGACCUAUUUAGCAUGUUAGUUUCUAUCUGAUGUCUUAUUAGGGCUAAUAUCAGAGUGUGAAAUUAACGGAUUUCAGAAAUCAUGAAGAGAACUAGUUUAUAUUUAAUUAAAAUUUUAUAAGUCGCUAGUCGAGGUGUUACCAAACGUGUGCUAAAAGUAUAGUUUUGAGAAAACCUUAUCUCAUUUCAAAACUUCUGAUCCGCUUUGCUUGUGCAAAACACAAAACGAUAAGACAUUAUAUGGGUGUGGAGUAAAAAUAGUUAGAAUCGAAACGUCAUCAUCAGACAAGGAUCUAGUUAUAAUUAGAAAAUUAGAAAAAAGUCUACUGGACAGAGAAAAAACGUUGAAAAAAAUUAAUUGAAGCAUAAAAAUGUCAGAUUGAAAUAUAGAACGCUAGUGAAGAAGUUUUAAAAUUCAAAAAUCUAGAACCGAAAAAUUAAAAAUAAUUAGCAAUCGCAUCAACAUCUUUCGACACCACAACUGGAAACUUCUGGAUCGGAUUGUUCCGCAGAAACUCAACCGAUCAAUUCGAAUGGCAAGAUAAACAACGAUUUGUCUAUUCGAAUUUCGCCGCAGGUCAAACAAGUUAUAAUUAUGUUGCUGAAAGUAUCAUAAAUGCUCGUUGGCAAACAUUUGACGAAUCUGUCAGUUUUCCAUUUGUUUGUGGAUAUUCAGUUCUUCCAUUUAUCACGGGUAUGAUUCACAGAAGUCAUAUCUUUUAUUACAUAGAUGUAUUUUUAGAUUCAUCCACAAAUGCUCCACUGACCGAAUCUACACAAAACUAUGAGUAUUCCAGUACUUCACCUACUUCGCCCACUCCUCCAGAAUUCGUAACAACAGUUUAUAAUGAUUGGACUUCUACUUAUAACUUUCUCAACAAAGGAGAGAAAAAGAAAUCUUUCCAAUAG